CCUUAUUGAUAAGGCAGUGUAUGCCACACUUCCGUCUACGACUCUUUUUGCCGUCUCUGCGGUUAUGUCGUAGGUCUUUCUGUGAGCGCAUGGUGAAAUACUAGGUAAUCGACUGAUUCCAAGAUGCAGAUCUUCGUCAAGACCCUCACGGGUAAGACCAUCACCCUUGAGGUCGAGCCGUCAGACACCAUCGAAAAUGUCAAGGCCAAGAUCCAGGACAAAGAAGGAAUCCCUCCUGACCAGCAGAGGUUGAUCUUCGCUGGCAAGCAGCUGGAGGACGGCCGCACUCUGUCUGACUACAACAUCCAGAAGGAGUCCACACUCCACCUGGUGCUCAGGCUCAGGGGAGGCGCCAAGAAGCGCAAGAAGAAGAACUACUCCACUCCCAAGAAGAUCAAGCACAAGAAGAAGAAGAUCAAGCUGGCUGUGUUGAAAUACUACAAGGUUGAUGAGAACGGUAAGAUCAGUCGUCUGCGCCGGGAGUGUCCUUCAGAGCAGUGCGGCGCUGGAGUAUUCAUGGCUGCCAUGGAUGACAGACACUACUGUGGCAAGUGUAGCUACACACUCGUCUUCAGUAAACCAGAAGACAAAUAAACUGUUAAUUUUUAUUUUAUAUGUAUCAAUAAACAUGUUGAUACAAUA